UUUUAGUUACGAUAUUCUUGUUGUGGCCCAAAAUGAAAACUGUGAUAUGAGAAAAACAAAAUCGCAGCAAACUACCAGACAAAUUUACAUCUAUGUGGCAGCUGAUGUUAUAAAUACAUAUACACACACACACACACACAUAUAUAUAUGCCUUCUUAUUAAUAAUGUUUGAUACUACAGCUCUCGUAUUACACCCACAUAGAUAUAUAGAUAUUUUAUACGUACAUGAAGAAGCAUUUUCAGCUUUUGAUUAGAUCUUCACUAAUUACUUUUUUCUCAUUCAACAGGUGCUAAUUAUUCGUCAACAUAUGUCAAAUCAAUUCAUGAGUUCUUUUCCUUCAAGCAUUCAACUUUCAUUUCUUUAAAAAUUUUUCCUUCUGGGUUUGAGCCUCCAUACACAUACGUGCAUCUAUAUAUAUAUAUAUAUACAUAUCUAUAUAUAUAGAUUGCAGAAGCUGAGGACUAGUUUUGUCAAUGGAGAAGCUUCUUAAUCCUUACGAUAAAGAGUACAUGAGGAUGGCAAUGAUAAAGCACGAAGAAACUUUCAGAGAGCAGGUAUCCGAACUUCAUCGCCUAUAUGAAAUCCAGAAGAUACUGAUGAAGAACUUGGAACAGAAUCCAUGGAGUUUGAAGAGUACUAAUGCUCUUAGUCAAAGCUCAAAACUGAAACUUGAUCUGGAAAGACCAGCUGACGAGUACAUUGCAGCAUUAAACAGGUCAGAUCGAGCAGUAGAGAUUUUAGACGAGAGUGAGAUUGAAUUAACCCUGGGCCCAUCCUGUUACAGUACCAGAAGAAAGAAACCAUCCGAGACGCCAUCAAAAUCUGAUUCCCCAAGUUUUUCCUCCUCCUCCACAGGGUCUAGUCACAUAAACAGGACAAGUAAGAUUAGGGAAACAAGAGAAGAAUCCGCCGGCAAGUGCGUCGGUGGCCGGAAAUUGAGUAAUCUCCGGCAAGUUCCGGAGGUGAACUUGGGAUGCCAAAUUGGAAGUAAUAGUAAUAACAGUACUGUUAAUCUUGAAGAUCAGUUGAGACAGGAGAGACUAAAACAGCCUCCUUGGUUUUUCCAAGUCUUGAGCUUGAACAUGACUUAGGAAGAAAAAAAAAAAAAAAGAAAAAGAGAAGAAAAGAGAAUUGUUUUUUUGGACAAAGGGGGGUCUUUGGAACCUUGUUCCAGAUUAAAUUUUCUCUCCAGAUAAUUUUCUCGGAUUUUAAGUCGACAUCGAGAAGGUUUUAGGCUGCUUCUGAUGAUCAUGCGAUCUCCAAAUGUUUGGGAAAUUUUCUAUUUCCUCUGUUUUUAGAUUAAUGGGUGAUCAAGUCUUUUGUAUAAAGAUUUUCUUGUAUUUUCUUGGCUUGCAAAACCCAUUGUUACUACAAUUAUAUAUUGACUUAACAGCUUGUUAAUCUGGUGUUAUCCUCUAAUGAACUAUGCAUAACAAAUCAGAACUAUAAUUUCUUGGAGA